AGAGGGAUGGAGAGGGAUGGAGAGAGAAGGUGAGAAAGAAGAGGGGGAGAAAUAUUCUGGUGGUUUCGGUAAGAACGAAGAAGACAAAAUGGCAGGAGCAAGGGUAGAGGAAGGAAUGCAGAGGAUGGGAAGGGACUGGAGUCCAGGCUCUUCCCCUAAACAAUGUGAGAGAGAGCCCCAAACCAGCCUGUCUCCAGAUUUUCCUCCCUCCUGUGCCUCACACAGCCAAGCACUGCAGCUCACCCACGGGGCUCCAGCAGGGAUCUCUGGGUGAGGGUGAUGUCCAGGGACGGAGCUGCCUUGGGCUGAAUAGGGCCACAGCGGCAAAGGUGUUCAUGGGAGUAGCUGGGGCCCAUCACAGGAGCCAGUGGCCUGGAUGCAGGGGAUGCAGGCAGAGUUUCUGGGGCUGGCAUCAAAGGACUGUUUGGAGUAGAAUGACACUGUGCUUACUGGGUCGCCCCCAUUGGGUCUUUCUAGCCUGAGUCUGCAUGGAGGUCUGCACUCCUGGGGAGGGCCCCAGCCAGCCUGGUUCUUGGCCCAGUUGAGCUGGGAGAGAUGCAAUGAGUUAAGUUUCAUGUUCAUAACAGCUUAUUUGAGCUCUAAAAAGAUGAUGACUGUCCUCGAGUUGUUCCUAGUCUUAUUAGCAGAUACACAUUGGAGGAGAGACAGAAAUGAUGAAAUGGACCACCCGGGAAUCUCUGUGACCCUCCAGGCCAUGGGGAAGCCUCUCUCUUUGUCCAUUCUGUACCUCCUUCCAGUUGAGUCCCUGAAUUUCUCAGCCACCGGCCCCAACUCCAUCCUCCUUUUCUCUUCCUCGUUUUCUCCUGUGUUUGAAGGGCUUGUCCCCAAGGCAGCCUCCAGCCUGCUUUAUUAUGGGUGUUUGAGAGGGGUGAAGUGAGGACAGCCAGGUCCCCAGAGGACUUGCAAAAGCAUGGAGUGCCCACAUGCCCAUGGUUGGCUCUGGCCUGGGCUGCUCCUGUCCCAUCCAUGAGGGGAGGGGGUUACUCCACCCCUCAUACCCCAUGAAUGAGAGCAGCUGCCCUCUGUGGGUUAUGUUUCCAGGCGUCCUGGGGAGGGGUGAUGCCUAACCAUCAGUCCCUUUCUAGAAAGAAGGAGAACAGAGGUUGGAGGCCCAGGUACUCUAUCUACCCAGUGUCCUGCACUGUCCAGGAAAGUCCAUCUGUCUUCACCUGCUGCAUCCCCAGGAGGAAGCCAACAACCCAGAGAAGAUUAAUCAGGAUAGGGAUGGUGCAGUGCCAGUGACAUCCCCCUGAAGAGGCUGGGGCCUGGGGCAAAUUACCUUAUAACAGCAGGUUAAUUAGAUAAGACCCAAAUUACAUGAGCAAAGCUUCAAAUUACCCAGCAAUUUGAAGGUUUCAUGUUGUUUCAGAGGUGGGGAGGGCUUGAUCUCUGGCUCAGCAUAGAGAAAAUGACUUCUUGCUCCCAGGCAAACCAAACCCACGAAUUAAGCUCUUGACUGCCCAUCCACAAGCCCCAGUGCCAAGCACAUAUAAAGGCACCUGCCAGUCCUCACUGCAACCAGCAGAACCUUUGUGGGAUUUUGCCUUUCUCCCUUCUGCAUCUGAGCUUUGUCUCCACCAGCACCAUGAGCCGCCAAUUCAGCUGCAAGUCAGGAGCUGCUACAAAGGGGGGCUUCAGCGGCUGCUCGGCUGUGCUCUCGGGGGGCAGCUCAUCCUCCUUCCGGGCAGGGGGCAAAGGGCUCAGUGGGGGCUUUGGCAGCCGGAGCCUCUAUAGCAUGGGGGGUCCCCGGAGCAUCUCUUUCAAUGUGACCAGUGGCAGCGGGAAGAGUGGAGGCUAUGGAUUUGGCCGGGGCCGGGCCAGCGGCUUUGCUGGCAGCAUGUUUGGCAGUGUGGGCCUGGGGCCUGUGUGCCCAACUGUAUGCCCACCUGGAGGCAUCCACCAGGUCACCGUCAACGAGAGCCUCUUGGCUCCCCUCAAUGUGGAGCUGGACCCCGAGAUCCAGAAAGUGCGUGCCCAGGAGCGAGAACAGAUCAAGGCGUUGAACAACAAGUUCGCCUCCUUCAUCGACAAGGUGCGGUUCCUGGAGCAGCAGAACCAGGUGCUGGAGACCAAGUGGGAGCUGCUGCAGCAGCUGGACCUGAACAACUGCAAGAACAACCUGGAGCCCAUCUUCGAGGGCUACAUCAGCAACCUGCGGAAGCAGCUGGAGACGCUGUCCGGGGACAGGGUGAGGCUGGACUCAGAGCUGAGGAAUGUGCGGGACGUGGUGGAGGACUACAAGAAGAGGUAUGAGGAGGAAAUCAACAAGCGGACAGCGGCAGAGAAUGAGUUUGUGCUGCUCAAGAAGGAUGUGGACGCGGCUUAUGCCAAUAAGGUGGAGCUGCAGGCCAAGGUGGAAUCCAUAAACCAGGAGAUCAAGUUCUUCAGGUGUCUCUUUGAAGCUGAGAUCGCUCAAAUCCAGUCCCACAUCAGCGACAUGUCUGUCAUCCUGUCCAUGGACAACAACCGGAACCUGGACCUGGACAGCAUCAUCGACGAGGUCCGCGCCCAGUACGAGGAGAUCGCCCUGAAGAGCAAGGCUGAGGCCGAGGCCCUGUACCAGACCAAGUUCCAGGAGCUGCAGCUGGCGGCUGGCCGGCAUGGGGAUGACCUCAAAAACACCAAGAAUGAAAUCUCGGAGCUCACUCGGCUCAUCCAGAGAAUCCGCUCAGAGAUCGAGAAUGUGAAGAAGCAGGCUUCCAACCUGGAGACGGCCAUCGCUGAUGCGGAGCAGCGGGGGGACAGCGCCCUGAAGGAUGCCCGGGCCAAGCUGGAUGAGCUGGAGGGCGCCCUGCACCAGGCCAAGGAGGAGCUGGCGCGGAUGCUGCGCGAGUACCAGGAGCUCAUGAGCCUGAAGCUGGCCCUGGACAUGGAGAUCGCCACCUACCGCAAACUGCUGGAAAGCGAGGAGUGCAGGAUGUCAGGAGAAUUUCCCUCCCCUGUCAGCAUCUCCAUCGUCAGCAGCACCAGCGGCGGCAGUGGCUAUGGCUUCCGGCCCAGCACGGUCAGCGGUGGCUACGUGGCCAACAGCAGCAGCUGCAUCUCUGGAGUGUGCAGCGUGCGAGGCGGGGAGGGCAGGAGCUGGGGCAGUACCAGUGAUUACAAAGACACCCUGGGGAAGGGUUCCAGCCUGAGCGCCCCCUCCAAGAAAGCCAGUCGGUAGAGAGUUAUGCCCCAGCCUCCGCCUCAUCCCGUGACCCGGCUCCGGCUCCCACACUGUACUUCCUACAGCCCACUAUCAGCUCCAUCUGCACCCUGCUGGUCCUGCUCCCAUACACCUGGCACUGGCCUUGGCCACCCACUUCUCCCAGCCUGUGUCUUCCUGAGCCUGGGAAGGCCUGGAUGACCAAGCUUGAUGAGAUUCCUCCCUGUACACUCCCUAUUUACUCCUUGGCUGUGGUCCCCUGGCUACACCACCAGCCCAGGCCCCGGCUCCCAGCUUUCCUCCUCUGCCCAGCCUCUGGCUCAGUUGCUAACUAUUCUGCUGAGCUCCCUGGGUCUCCCACCGAGACCCUGCACACACUGGGGCCUAGCACAGCUUCUGCUUCUGCUAGCAGCUGGCUCUGUGUUCAAGAAAAAAAGGACUGAAGGACAAACAACCAAGAGUGGUCCAGUCCCCACCCCCACAUCCAGCUCAGUCUCAGAUCUGAGUGGGACCAAGUGCAAUUCAAGGCCUUUUUCUCCACCUGCACCCAGAAGCAGAGAAGAGCAUGCACUGUUCACUUUUCCUUCAUUCUUAACAGCCUUCUUCUGUUGCAUCCUCAAUAAAUAGCACAAUCUGA